AGAGGCUUACCUCGACAUCUCGAACGUAGGUUGCUUGACACCCAAUGCGAGAAAUUGAUGUAGGCAUGCUGAAAAGCUGUCUUGGCCUCCUCACUCGCCAACAACCAGAACAGUCUCGCCAAAAAGGUAUUGCAGGAAAUCGACGACGGAGGCCUUCUGGCAGUCGAUCAAUUCCGCAUCCCCACUUCCAUAGUAGUGUACAACCCGUAUUGUGCCUUCGGGUCAAUAUACGUCGGCACGGUGCCUCCGCAUAUAUUCUAGCACGUGGUCAAAGGUCGGCACGUAGGCAACAAAAGCACUCACCAGUUGCGUGGCAGGGUAGGUUCAAGGGAAAUACCGUCAGAUCCUCGGACUUGAAGGCAUCAAAUAAUGUGCCAAACGCACUCCGCCACGAGUCCUUCUGGUAGUGCGUGUCAGUGAACUUCGAUCUAUGGCAGUGAUGUAUUCACCCAAUUUUCAGAUUCACAGGGAUGCGCAGACGCACUCACCCACCAUAUGCAUAUGGAAACUCAUUAGGCCUGACCCUAUGCCUGCAUGACCUCG